UCGUUUGUCGUUCUGUGUCCCCUAAUGAGAAUAAAUGUGGGAGGGCGGCCAAAGUCGCGGGCAAAUCGCCAGCGAGUCGCUGGGAAAUCGCCUGGCUGGCACAACAGGUGCCUGCCGCUCUGCCUUGCAAGUUCCUGUUCUCUCCGAUUGAGACCUGCGCAGCGCAGAUAUUACGCCUGUUGUACGAAAUAUCCUGUUGAAUAAAAUUAUCGGCUCCGGCAACGGCAGAACCGAAAGUUGUUGCAUACAACACGGCAUUGGUCGUGAGUUCCCGCCGUACUUUGGCUGGCAGUCGUGCGUGUCCGGACAGUCGAUGUUCAGCCUUCAGUUCGCACGGUUCGGCAAGUGGCAUCAAGCAGCAAGCACAAACCAUAAUACACCGCCAAAAAAUAUAUGAAUACUAUUCGUAGGGGUAGGUUUUUGAAAGCCCCGCGAGCCGAUCGAGAAUUCUUGACGGGAGUGCGUGUUUAGCGAUUCUUUGUGUGUGUGCGUGUCUUUCAGAACGUUGUGUGCGAGUGUGUAGGUGCACAAGCCGCAUAAUUAAUCAUUCAAGGAGCGGCCAAGCCAAUAGACUUUAAUGCAGCAAUUUGCCUGAUUGAUGGCAGGACAUGGCUCGGGAACAUCGCUCCGCAUCGACGGAAAUCGCAGUCUAUUAACAGAAUGCUGCAUUGCCGCAUUAGGGCAAUUUAUUGCCAACCAAAACAACAGCAUCAGCAAAAACAACACCAACUAGAAGAAACAGUUUGCAACUAGAAAAUAUCCUGUGACCCGGCCCAGCUACCACUUCCAUUCACCAUUGCCCAUUUCCAAUCCUGAAACCUGAAUCCGGAAACAAUCCUCGGCCCUUGUAAUGACAAAUGCAAUGAGGGCGAUUGCUGCGCUCGCUCUAACGGCGGGCGUGGCGGUGGUCGGUGGCAGUACCAGCCUUGGCAGCACCACCACUAGCACCGCCAUCGGCAGCACCACCCCAACCGGCACCAUCACGAGCCACAUCAGUCACAAUGGCGGUGGCAACAGUAGCACAGCCAAUGGCACUCUGCUGGACGCCGAUCACCUGCCGCUGCAGCUGACGACCGCCAAAGUGGACCUGGACAUUGAAAUCGACAUCCAACUGCUGACAAAUGGCUACGACGGCACAACGCUGACAUCCUUCUACAAUGAGAGCAGCUGGACGAAUGCCUCUGAAAUGGAUACAAUAGUUGGUGAGGAACCGGAGCCGCUGUCACUUGUGUCAAUUGUAGUUGUUGGCAUCUUCCUAUCGGUGCUGAUAUUCCUUUCGGUGGCCGGAAACAUCCUGGUAUGUCUGGCCAUAUACACGGAGCGCAGUCUGCGCCGCAUCGGCAAUCUGUUCCUGGCCUCAUUAGCGAUUGCGGAUCUGUUCGUGGCCUCGCUCGUGAUGACGUUCGCAGGUGUCAACGAUUUGCUGGGAUAUUGGAUCUUUGGAGCACAAUUUUGUGAUACCUGGGUAGCCUUUGAUGUCAUGUGCUCGACGGCUUCAAUUCUCAAUCUCUGCGCCAUCUCCAUGGACCGCUACAUCCACAUCAAGGAUCCGCUCAGAUACGGCCGCUGGGUGACACGACGCGUGGCUGUCAUCACCAUUGCCGCCAUUUGGCUGCUGGCCGCGUUCGUCUCGUUUGUGCCCAUAUCCUUGGGCAUCCAUCGGCCCGACCAGCCGCUGAUUUUCGAGGACAACGGCAAAAAGUAUCCCACAUGCGCUCUGGACCUCACGCCCACCUACGCCGUCGUGUCCAGCUGUAUCAGUUUCUACUUCCCCUGUGUGGUCAUGAUUGGCAUCUACUGUCGGUUAUAUUGCUAUGCCCAGAAGCAUGUGAAAUCCAUCAAGGCCGUAACCCGACCCGGCGAGGUGGCCGAAAAACAACGCUACAAGAGCAUCCGCCGCCCCAAGAACCAGCAGAAGAAGUUCAAGGUGCGCAACCUGCACCACAGCUCCCCGUACCACGUCUCCGAUCACAAGGCCGCAGUGACGGUGGGCGUGAUCAUGGGCGUGUUCCUUAUCUGCUGGGUGCCCUUCUUCUGCGUCAACAUCACAGCGGCCUUCUGCAAGACCUGCAUCGGGGGCCAGACCUUCAAGAUACUCACCUGGCUGGGCUACUCGAAUUCGGCCUUCAACCCGAUCAUCUACUCGAUCUUCAACAAGGAGUUCCGCGACGCCUUCAAGCGCAUCCUGACUAUGCGCAAUCCCUGGUGCUGUGCCCAGGACGUGGGCAACAUCCAUCCGCGUAACAGCGAUCGCUUCAUCACGGACUAUGCCGCCAAAAAUGUUGUGGUGAUGAACUCGGGCCGUUCCAGUGCCGAACUGGAACAGGUCUCUGCAAUUUGACCAAAAGGCCGAUGCCUGAAUUUGGGAGGAUGCACUGGAGGAGAGGGUGGAGGAGUUAACUGGCUGCCAUGCGGUUGCGGCGGCCUCCGCGUGGACGACGAUGACGAUGGGGCCCUGACCACGCGGUACGUUCCAUGAGAUUCGGUCACGGCACCCACGGCCACCAUCGUGGAGACCGUGGAGGCCGCUCAGAUGGAGACGGAGCUGCUCUAGGCCGCCAACUGGGUUCCUAAAAGCAAACCAAAAUCUCGGUUCUAGUUUGAAAAAUUAAUCUCCCGAAUUCCUAAAUCCCAUUGGAAACCUGUAAGUAUUAAAAGCGCUUGGGUAUGGAUAUAUUCGAAAGGUGAUGACAAAAACGGGGGAAUUCUGAAUAUGGAUAAUUUAUGGUAAAAUUAUUGAAGUUUAUUUAUAAUAUGAGAAAGAAUAAUUGCCAAAGAAAUAUAAAUUAUUAAACACAAGAACUACCAUGGGAUUUAUUCUUCAGUUUUCGUAGACUGACUUUUUUAAACCUUUUUCUAAGACAUGCAAUAUGUUAUCUGCAUUAUUUUUAAGAAUUUAAAGAAGUUUUAGUUUAAUUAAAUCCGUAAAGUUAUCCAUAGACCAUAAUUCCCUUAACGAUAUUAAGUCACUUUCCAUCCAACCCAAAAAAGUGCGCAUCUCAGAGACUAAGCAAUCAACUAUGCGUAUACUUAAUCGUACGAUAUCUAGCUGUAAUUCCCACAAACUGAAAGUCAAACACAUACCCUUUGGAAAACCAAAACGUGAUUAGGUCUAAGAUCUUCAAAAAAGGCCCCGAAGAGCUUCUAGUUAAGUUUCUGUUUGGCUAUUCAUGGCAGUUGUGGAUCCAUGCAAAUGCGAUUAUUAUUGAGUGACACAUGUCACUUGCCACACGUCUCACCCCCACCCACUACACUCACCCAACAACAAACACUCAGACACACACCCACAACCUCCGUAUAAAAUGUGUUAAAAAAUGCUGCAUAUAUCGCGGCGCCCUCAUAUUGGAUCAGCUCCACAUUUGAUUUAUUGAUGAGAAUUUAUGGCCAUUGAACGAAGAGGAGCAGCAACAAAGCAGGCAGAGUGGCUGCCAGCUGCACUCGUAAAUCAUGCAAAAUGAUUAUUGUUGUUAUUAUUACGAGCACGGGGCACAAAUGCCCUCCUGUUGUAAACCCAGUCCAGCUGAGUGCCUGCUGUUGGACCCUCUUGUAUAGUAAAUGUUAUGUUUUAGUUCAAGUGCCGCCGAUGAUAGCGAGUUUUUAUGGCCAAAGUUUGCAGACUGAUUUGAAUUUAUGGGCUGAAAUCUGUGCCACAAUGGCAGCUCGCGAUGUUAAUUAGGCCAACUGUGAUUGACACCACAGCCGAGAGUCGAGAGCCGAGAGCUGAGGUUGAAAACAAAAACAAUAACAGUCGAGAGGUUACUCCUUUUGGGGGGAAUAUUCUGAUUACCAGGUGAUUUAAUGAGCCGCACCUGCAAAAACAAAGUCGUGGCUAUAGAUUUCAGCCGGUGGCAUAAUGAACAUGUUGCCCCUGGCAUCGUGUCCCUUGUCUUCUCCCACCGAGCGUCCUGAAUACAUCCUGAGUGUCUUGUCUUACUCGGCUGGCAGGCUGUGGAAAACAAAUGUAAACAGUUUGCUCUUCACGCCAUAAUGAAAAAUUAUGCCUACAGAGAAGAAAAAUGGAGCUCCUAUAUUUAUUCGUUUGUUUAAUGGGUUAAUUAAGACAAUAAAUUAAGUUUUUUAGAUGGAAAACAAACGAGAAAUAUUCUUAUUUCUCUAAGUUGAAUGUAAAAGAUGAAAGCCAAUAGUUUCAAUAUUUUUUUUACAGUGCUCCUUAGUCCCUAUUUGGGUGCCGCCUUACCCCUUUUGGCUCUCGAGUUUCAAUUCCAGUUAUUUGAGGAUGCCAAAGCUCUUGGCCCAGAAAGCGUCUCAGUCCUGCUCCCAUUUCAAGUCCUUUUUGGUUCUGUUAUUAAUACAAAGUACUUAUGGCGCCCCCCCUUGCCAUCCUUUCACUUGGGGCAACCCCUUCCUAUCCCAGGCAAUCCGCUUACAACUUUUUCAGUCUUUGUUUAUUCGUUUCCCUUUCGCGCGCUCCGCUUUUCGUAUUUAUUUUGGCAGUUUAUUAAAACUUUUGGCGCUGCUUUCGUCAUUUUAAUUACAAUACGCAGUACAAAAGCGAAACGGCAUUUGUUAUCGAGUGCCACGCCCCCUGCCGCCCACCUACCGCCCAAUUCUGCCCAUUGGCGCGUACAAAUCGUCAUUGCCACAACUGGCACGCAAUCAAUUCAACUUCCACUUCCACUUCGGCUUUAGCUUCAACUUCAACUUCGACAUGAAAUUCGCACGUGUCGCGGGUUCCUCGAUAGCUUGAAAGGCUUGAAAUGUAUCGCCUGGGAAAAAAGAAGAAGGUUUUAUGUGGUACACACGAUAUCCCAAACCAUUUCCCUCACAAAAAAAAAAAAAAAAGAAAGGAGCCUCCUACUUGCCAUUUCCAUUUGGAUUUUUUUUGGGGCAACGCCAUUGACUUUGACUUUGUGGAAUUUGGAAUUUGUCAUGAUAAAUGCUUGUGGCAGUGGCGUUCUUUAGCCCUUAGCCAUUAUGUAGAAAAUUUGGGUACAUUCAAAUAUUGAUUGAAAUAAAUCAUCAAUUAUACUAGCUUUACCGCACCGAAAACGCUUUAAAAGCAAGCCCAUCGAGUUCAAUCCCUUUAACCUUUCAAAUACAAUUACUGGCACUGGCGUGAAGUGGCUGAACUUUCCCCAAUACUUGUUCUCCCUUCAAGGGUUCAGAUAUCUCACCAUAACUCUUUCGAUUCGGCUUUGCAUAAUUAAGAUAAUGCCCGAAAGGAUUUCUUUUGUUUGACUUUCUCGUUAUAGGACUUCCUGUUUGUCCUGGCUCCCCUCUUUGUUCAUCUCUGAUUUGCUAGAAGCGAUUCAGUGAUUGCGACUAUUGCAGAUACCAUUGUCUUUGUCAAAGGUAAUGGGGCUUUUUUCGGCUUUUGAUUUUCGCGGGUUUUAAUUGAAACAUUUGACAGCCUGAAAGUCGAUUGCCGGCUUGACUUUAGCGCUCACAUUUCUGCUUUACCCAUCCCCCGGUUGUCUGGUUUUAAUUGUAUUAGCCAGAUUCAUGUUGGAUGCCUACGUGCCCAGGAUACCAAAGUGCACUGUCUAUGUCAAGAUUCUCGGAAAAAGCUAAGCAAGCCCUGGCAAGUUGAACAUGUCCUUUCAUUAGCAUAAUCGCAAAGAAAAAACUCACUACCCUACUCAAGUUACGAAGGAUAAAAUAAGGAAUUCCCCUAUAGUCUGGUCCAUUUUCUUGAACGUCUCGACUUGCCUUGUCGCUUAAACAAACAGAUUUUCCGUAAUUGCUUUCGCAAUUCAAUUAUUCGCCACAAAAAACCAAUACACACAGAAAAUCAUUAAAAAAGCGUAGAACAGCUUUUCCAACAACAGACCAUUACAUUUUUUGUGCAAACACUAGGAACCAGAAAAAGUUCAGUUAACUGAACGUGUUCAAUUUAAAAAUAACACAAAUGAGCAUUUGGCAAAUAUUUACCAACAAUCAAGUUAAGUUUUUAAUUUCCAAUGGGGGAAAUUGGUUGACUUUUGGCUUAGGUUACCACCAAAAAUAAAUAUAUGGUUAUUUUUUGUCUUGCUUACUCGUAAAAGCUAUUGCCAUAUUUCAUGUCGUCUGUCUGGCUGGCUGGCUGGCUUGGGAAAAUAACCUUCCAGCUGGCAAUCCGUUUUAAGGCAGCCAUCUGGCUAAUCCGGUGCUUACAUAAUGCAUGGCAUAUAUUUUAUAUUCAAUUGGCAAUCCUUUGAGCCCUCUUUAAAAUCUGUUUGUACAUUUGUUUGGAUUUCCCCCUUAAGGCUAGUGCUAAACUUUUCGGCAAACACUGCACUAAAAGCUGAAUUUCAACUGAAAAACGAAUCUGACGCCGAAAAAGUCAAACGAUAAAUGUCAACAUUUCGCAUAAAUUGCAAGUUGAUUGCCAAAGAGAAUUCCAAGCGGUCGCUUUCCAUUUGGCCGUUGACUGCUCUGCGUCCUCUUUCUCGCUGACUGAUUGAUUGAUUGAUGGAUUGAUGGAUGGCUGGCUGGAUGGUUCAAUGGUUGGCUGAGUGGAUAGCUGGCAAGCCAAACGAAUUUUCCUGCUCCGCUGAUUUCCAGUCUUUUUUUUGAAACGACUGGGACACCCUCUAAGCUUUGCCAACUAUCAACAGUUGGCUGGAGAAAUUUUCAUCCUGGCGCGUCUCGCUCGGCUUAACUUUAGCUAUAUUUUGGCAUUUUUAUAACUUUUACGCCUGCCAGUGUUUAUUUUGCUUUACGACUUUCCACAAAUUCCCGUACUUUCGGCUUACACACAGGCUGCCUCCUAUUUUUUCCGCGUUCGGCCCUUCUCGAACCGAAUCUUUUCCUGGCGCGUGUCAUUUUUGUAGCCUACUUUUGGGCUGAGCUCGCAUUCCGUAUCCGCAACAAUGCGUAUACGCAACGUAUGCCCGCGAAAACGUUUUAUUGCCGACAUCGCUUGGCGUGCUAAUUUAUACGUUAGGCCCGGAGGCUCUAACUUAAUGCCGCUCCCGGCCCCAGUCACGCCUCAAUGGAUCAUAAAAACACAAUUUUAAUCACAAUUUCUUUUCGUGCUUACACCCGCCCUCAUUCUCACACAUACAUAGACAAAUUAGUGAAAACAUUUAGGAGAAGCAUAUGCUUCCCAGGGUGUCUAUAGAUUUCGCUGCUCCUGAUAAAAAAAUAUAGAAAGAGAUAUUUAGAAUGGGAACUUGUACGUAAUUAUUAGAUUAUCUAUGGCCUAAUUCAAUAGAACUCUUAAAUUCGAUUAAAUAGUCAUUUAUUUCAUAUGCGAGACAUUUUCAUCCCAGACUCUGUGACCCGCUUUGGUACUCCUAUUUGGCAGCCGGCCUAGUUCUAUGUGGAUAUGACUGCAAUGAACUUGACAUUUAACCUCUAACGCACCAUGGACAGCACUGCGUAUACGCAAUCUUUGACAUUUGGCAACUUAAAGUGCUUUAAGCUGCCGCUAAGUCUUUGGCCAGUAACUUUCAUUUGAUUUCCAGCUUCUUGCCUUCCCGCCCGUCUCAGCUUCUCUUUCCACAAAAACUUUUCCCCACCGUUGUGCGCACGUCUUUUGUCGUCGGAUCGGGGACGGGGUGGAAAAACUUUGUGCAGGCAAAACUUUUUCCAGCGAUGCAACAAUAACAAAUGCAGGCAAAGUUUAGAUAGAUUUCCCAGAAACGUCCACCCUCCGGUACCCCGGCAUCCUGCCACUUCGCCACCUGCAACAUGCAAUUAAAAUUAUGUGCCCCAGUCGCAUUCAAGUCAUUGUGCGCCCAAAAAACCGAAAUGCAAAAUGCAAAAGAGUUUCGAAAGCCUCAGCCUUGAAAUUAUUUUCAUCAUAAUGCACUCGGCUUUUUGGGGUUUAUGCCAGCUUCUGUCCGUUGUGGUUAUUUAAUUGGAAAACGAAUUCAAUUAAAUGCAAAAGUUUCUGAAUAAAUGAUAUCGAAUAAAUUGGUGGGCUUUCCAUUUGUGCCACGGUCAUUACUUACAAUAACCAUUAUUUAAUCCACUCCGAAAGCUUAUUCCUGCUACUGCUUCUGCCUCUGCUUAUCCUUAUCCCUUUUCGAUUGAUCCCUGUCGACAAGUAGCAAGUGAUUUAAGCUCCACUCAAUCGAUUUCAUACCUCCGGCCCCCACAUGCGAUGCAUUUUAAUUAAGAAAAAUGCCCCACAGUCCUCCGACUACCCAUCUACAUGCCACAUCCAACGAAGGCCGGCCUAUACCCUUUGCGGAGGUCCUGUCGCCUUGACAUCCUCCGCCGUCUGCAGUUUGCAAUUUUAAACCCAAAUUGAAUUACUUCUUCAUCGCCGGCAUCGUUGGCGGUCCGCUGGAGGGUUGGUUUGUGGGUGGCUGUGUGUCUUCCUGCUGCUUUCCCCAAGGUGGUGGAAAGGCUUUUCCUGACAACCCGCAUAUUUGAUGAGGCUUUAAGAAUGUCGCCUUUUAAGCCGGCGAAUAACACGUGAAAACAAGCCGAGAAUGUCGAGCCCAGAGUGUUAAUUGAUCUAAAGAACUCUAAGAAUUUCUGACGGCUGCGAAAAUUAAGUGUGAAUAGAAAUACUUAAGUGUGUCUUUCUUUUUAAAGCUUAAAGUUCAGAUAUCAAAUACAAAAUAUAUAUUUAAAGCUUUAAUUACUGUGACAUGACAUUAAAUGGCCACAAUUAAUUUUAGCACUUAUUUUUUCGCACAAAUCAGAAUUCCUCUCUCGAUUUAUAUUUCUAUUUCUCCAUAAAUAAAAUAUUUAAUUGCAAAAAUAUGAAACGAUGGAAUUAUAAGUGAGAAAAUCUAAUUAAAAACGUCGUUAUAAAAAAUGCAAACAAAUAUGAAUAAUGAAAAUAAUGAUAAGGAGCUUUUGCGUUUCAACAAUGAUUUAUUUGGAUUUUUAGAUUGAACUAAAAACCGUUCACCACAGCCAUUAGCACCCUCGUUUGUGACGUUUAAUUAAUUUACAAAUAUUUGGAUAAAGGCAACAACUGGCUGGACCAGAACUGCCCGCAAAUUGAACAAUAACAGAACGAGCACUUCAAACGUAAUUUAUUUGUUAAAAUAUUGUUUCUUUCCUCGUUGCUAUCGCAUUUUCCGAUGCUGCCUGAUUUUUCAAUUAAAGUCGAAUUCGGACUGGACUAAAAACCAGUCCAAAACCAGAGCUCUCAGCGGUUGCUCGUGUGCUCCUGACAGCUGCCCGCUGGAGGGAAAGUGGGCCAUGCUGGCAGGGGUCGAGGGGGCUUCUGGGUGGAUCGGGGAAAGUGUCCUGCUAGAGCUGCGAGGCAACAAUGCAGGCGUGAACAUAAAUUUCAAGCUUCACUGAGCGACCCAGAGUCCUUCGCCCUUUCGGCCCCCUUCGUCCUAGAAUCUACGAGCUCUUCACUCCUCGUCCCUUCAGUUCUGCUCUGUUAUGGCUAAAAGUGCCAAAGUUUAUUAUUAAAUUAUGUCGGCAAAUAAAACUGUUGAAGGAAAAAUCAAUUUUGGAAACUUCUCACAGCUCCUGACAAUGCCCACUUUCCGAGUGUCCUUUGUCUCUGUUUCCCUUCUCUCUCUAACUUAUAUGCCUGUCUCUCUCUCUCUCUUUUUGUCCAAAAAUCUGUCUCUCUAUGUGAACGACUGAACCCAACUAAUCAAAUUAAGCUUAUUUUUAAAAAACUCGACUUGCCCAAAAAACAAUUCGUCACGGGGAGUCCCUAUAGACGAAACCCUUUUCGAUGCUGGUAAUCGAAUAUUCUAUACACAGAGAAAAUAGGUUUUAAAACAUUAAUAUUUAAUAAAAUAUAUACUUUAUAAAAAAUAUCAAAAUAAUUGUAUUUUGUCAUAUUUUUUUUAUCAUUAAAGUUAUUGCUUAAGGCCGUUUAAGAUGUAUUUUUUAUGAAAAAUAUGAAUUUCGGAAAUAGUUAUUCUCUGUGAACACAUCUCUCUUGGCCAACUCGUUAACGGUUCUUCAACUCGCUGGUCGAGACCGCAAAUAGCCGUUGACGGCUUGGAAAAUAGCCUGAAAAUCGAUUCCCGAUAUAGCUAUAUAUAUGGAUAUAUAUAGAGACCCUCUCUACAUCCUCCCAAAUAUGCGAAUGGAUUUUUCGAGGACCAGAAAUAGCGCAAGUUUCGUUUAGAAGCUAAAAACUGAAAUACUCAUAUCGAAUAGGCAAAUUCCCAGGUCAGGGCGGCCAGAAAGAGACAGUGCCCUGACCAGAGAAAGAGACAGGCACAGGAAGAGAGAAGGAGAGAGAGGUAUAGAGGCUGACAGCUUUCUUUAUAGAAUUACUUCUGGCGCAAUAACUUUUCCAACUGAACGAGCCGUUGAUGGAGCACACUCUCUUUCUCCACUCUCUUUCCCUCCUCAAUUCCCACUCCUCCUCCUCCGUCGUGCUACCGUCCUUUCGCCUCUGCCGUGUAUUUCAUCCUCUUUCAUUUCCAUUCAUUGAUUUGCCUUUUGCCUUGGCCAACUAGUGCAGAACGUCCUGCCCGACCCGGUCCGGCCAGGAGAGGCAGACAUGAGCCAUUUCCUCCCGGCCAUUCUGGUCAUCCUCCUCACCUCUCACCGCUCAUCCCUUAACCCUCCAACGGCCGAGGGUACGCAAACGAGCCCACGACAAAAAUAGUUUGCGGCCGAGUCUAUUCUCUGCUUGGCCAGAUAACCCUCGGUAUUACUAUUAUUUAUUAAACGGUCUCUCCCCUUUUCCCCAAUUUGUCCAAAGGGCCGCAUUUUAUUACUUCUUUUCAAAGCUUCAGAUUCCUAAAAAAUAAUAUGGUAACAAAUGAGUUUUGGACAUGGUUUCAAUUUUAGUUUCAAGUAUUCAUAUUAUUAAGUAAGCUUGGCUAUAAUCAGUUAUUAUUUUCAAUAAAAAUAUACAUAGCUUUAAUACCAAUACGAUGGAAAAGACUUUCAACCUAUUUCCUAGAAAUACCUUAAUUGAAAUUGAAUAUUAAUAAAAUUCUUGGAAAUUUUCUUUCAAUUAAUUCGGAAACUUCUGAGGAAGAUGUAGGAUAAUUUUCUGAUGAAACCAUACACCUAUAAGGAUCUAAAAGGUGUUAGGACGUAAGUCACCUGCUGUGGGUAGUGAAAAUCCUGUUGCUGUUAUCCUUACUGUUGCCCUGGAGUAGUGCAGCUGGUCAUGUUCCCAUUGUUGCUUGGCCACUUAGCAAUUGCGGCUAACCAAUCAUUGGGGCACUCGGAUAAGAACAGGACAAGAGAAGGGCCAAACAAACGGCGGCUGGUCCGCUCCCGGCAAUUGUGUUGCCUCCUGAAGACACACCUCCGCCGGACAGGCCACUAGACGAUGAUGUCGAUGGCGAAGUGCCGCCGGGCCACUCAGCAAUGAUUAAUUACACUUAAUUGUAAUUUAUGCGCCACCGAAGCCGCUUCCAUUCUUCUCCAUUAGUCGAAUGCGAAGGACUACGUAUACCCUUCGCUUUAUUGAAAUCUAGGCCCAGGCCCCAUCUGUCCCAUCUCUCCGUCAGCGUGUGUCCUUUUGUUGCGCUAAUUGGCCAUUAAGCUGCCAGGAUUUUUAAAGCGUUUAACAUUGGCUCUCAUUUUCGUUUUCAUUAGGCCAGGCUUAGGCGCAAAGUCUGCUUGACUUUUGUCCGGAAACAGUGGCCACCCGUCGCUGCUGGUCAGCCGAGUGGCCAUCAGUCUCCGGCUCAGACCCUCACAUAAAUCAGGGUCCUUCCUUGACUUUUCUUGUAGCUGUUUGCUCCCGUAAGCAUCGCUCAUUAAUCAACUGACCUCAUUCAAUGGGAAAUGUAUAUUUGAUGGCAGCUUGUUGCACUGCCAAUAUAUCAGUGUUCAUUUAUUUUUCUUCCCAGGAAACGGCCAACAAAUAAAUAAACUUAUAGUUUGGUCAAUGGCUAAAAUAGGAAGACAUUUCAUUUUGGGAAAAAUAACUACAGAGAGGUCAUGUGGGGUCUCCAUUGAAAGGAACUAAAUUAUACACUCUUUUUCAAAUUGUGUUGAAUUAUUAUUUGUAUUGUUUAGUACCUUUGACAAUUUCAUUUAAGAGUAUAUCUUAUUAGGAUCUCUUAUAUGUAAGCUUAUUAGGUUCCCUUCGGCAACAAAUAAUUCCACUUAUUGCCCGCCCAAUGACAAAAGAAUUAUAAAAUAUCUUUGCUCCACAAAAAUGUUUUGACAGCAGAAACUGUAAGGAAACUUUAUGAGUUUAUGAAUUGUGGCCCCGAGAAUCAAUAAUCAUUAUUGCAAAACUUUACCUUCAGGCUUUCAUCGGACAUCGGACCGUGUCCCUUUCAGUUGAAGACCAGAACCUAAUUAGAUCAGUAUCUAGUGCAAUGGAGGAAAGCGGAAAGUGCAGCUGUGGAGUUUCCCUUUUUCGGGAAGAAAAUGAAAAUGUGAAGAGGAAGCUGAAAGCUGCCACUCGACUGUAAUUCGAGCUGUUUUUCGGCAGCUAGUGGCAUAAAAAUUACGAGGCUCCACACUUUUUACGAGCUGCGUCAGCGGCAAACUGCUGACAUAGAUUCCGUUCAAAUAUUUUGCACUACUUUUCAUUUUACGACGGUACGCAAUGAAAAGUGAAAUGGCGAAAGGCUUUUCACAUCCCAGCGCCUUCUUAGUCCACCCGGCCCACCCCUCUUAGCUUUCGCCUUUUGUUUGCUUAAUAUUUGCGACGCCCUGUUCGUUUUUUACUCGUUUUUGAGUUUGCCAGAGCUCUCAUUUUUUUUAUUUCUUUCUGAUUCUGUUGUUGCAGCGAAAAUAAAAGCGGAACAGUGCAAACAAUGCUCCGAGUGAUUGCCGUGAAACAUGCUGCGAUUUUCAGUCUGACACGCCCACCAAACUGCCAGCCGCCCUCCCAUCCAUCCAUCCAUCCUACCAUCUAUCCAUCCAUUUAUUUAUCCCUCCAUCCAUGUAUUCGCAGAUGCAGUCCGUUUUCCCCACUUUUGUUUGCACGCUUAAAUAAAUUCUGGCAAAUUUGUUUUGCGUGAACACUGAAUAACAGAGAGCAAAAAAUUGUUUUCAGUGCUUAAGAAUCGCAUGAAUAAACCAGGCGCAAAUUAAAGGAAAGGCUAUUGAUAAAAUGAAUAGUAAACAAAUGCGAGCCAAACCGCAGCCAAGCCAUCAAACUAAUUUUUGCAUAAAGUACUUGGAGUAUAGGCCAUGGUACCAGCCCUGAGUGGCAUCAACAAAUUAUCUAAUCGACCUCUCCGUCCGCCCUUUGACCUCUCCUCCCUUUGUGCCUUUUUCUUUUCAAUUGGCAAAGCAGAAUGCAGUCAGAAAAGUCUCCGAUUUUAUUGCAACUGACAGCUGGCUUAGCUGCAUUAAGUGCUGAAGCUUUCAAGUCCUGGUCAACUUUCCUCCUCCUGCAGUAUCCUCCAUGGGUGACUGAGGGCCCUGGCAAUUUUUUAGGCAGAAAUGAAACUUUGGCUUCUGGCAUGGAAGAGAUAACGAGGCGUUGUCAAAUGUCGAAAAAUGGUUGACAUAUUCGAAUAUGGAAUAAAGGACACUCAGAAAAAUGGGGGUUUUUAAAAAAGGAUCAGGUCAUCUUGGCAAAAGGCUAAAUUCAGGAAGAAUCAUACAUUAUUCAAACUAGAAACUAUAUAAUCUGAAUAUGACGAUACUCUUGGGAAGAUUUUUUUUCGAGUGCAGACAACAGCAGCCGCACUAAGUUGGGCCACAAAACUGCCAAUGCUGCGACAUAGUUUAAUGGCCAUACAAUCGACGCAAAAGUUGACACAUUCCCUCAACUGAGCUGAGCUCAACCGCACUGAGUUGCAACGAGUUGAACCGAGUUGGAUGGUGCGGAAACUCCGGGGCAUUAGUGGCUGUGUAUACCCGAUCCCAUGGGGUCACAGUUCAGCUGUAUUUUCGCAUCAAAUGUCGGCCAGGCACUGCAGCUGCUGCAGCAAAUGCUGUCUCAUUUUUCCGAAAAGUCAGCCUCCCUGUCCCCCAGAGGAGCCACUGCCACCGCCGCACCACCAUCCCUCGCUCCCCCGCUGUGCUAAGCGAACCGCAGUUUAGCGUCUUUGAAGCAUAUCAGAAAAGUUUUGAAUUAUUAAUUACCAAACAUCAGCCACAUAUCACGCACACUCAGCCAGAGAAACACGAAGACACACACUCCCAUCGCUGAGCCACGGGAAUUCUGUACCUUUACUUUACUAUUUUGUACCUUAAGGUGGAUUGCGUUGUGUAAACUGUACCCUUUUAGUCACGUAAGUUCGAGUAAUCUCGGAAUCAAAUUAUGUAAAUAAAUAGCAAAAAUUGAGGGGCUUGCCAGUAGUGCAACCCCCUGAAUCUCAAAAUAUCAACAUUGAAAAACUUACUAAAAAGUACAUAUAUGAACGAUUUAACGGAAGCGGAUAUGGAAAUAGAAACGGAAAUAUAAACUAGCAAGUUUUUAGUCGUAAGCUAAAUGGCAAAGUCAUGUAUCGACGAAAACCAGAAAACAAAAAACCAAAACACUGUAUGUAAGGCUCUUUUGUACCUCUUGCUCUCCCACUUUCGAAUUUACUAAGGAACCCUUGAAAGCGCUAAGUGAAACUUAAACCUUUGUCUAGCUCUAAGUUGUAAGUCAAGCAAACCAAAUCGAUUAAUGUGUAUGCCGAAAUAUACCACAAAUACAAUUAAUUUAUUAGCAAAAUAAACGAACCGCUCACAAAAUCAACAGAGAGGAGAGGUCCGGCAAUUACAUGCCAACAUCCUUUGGCGCAAGGUUGCCAGGUGCAAUGUACUAGUUAAGACACAAUUAUGCUGAAAGCAUUUAAUAGUCUAAACAUGAACUACAUAAUCCGCAUAGAAGAAAAUUAACGUGUAAAUUAUUGAAUCUCAAACAGCAUAAGUCAAGCAAAAUUCUGUAGUGGAAAUUAUAGUUCAUUGUUUCUGUCUAAUACGCCUAGAAGAAUAAAUACAUUAUGGAUAAAACAGUAUCAGUAAAAUAUAUAUAUAGUUAAAUGAGUGUGAGUUUGUCAUUACAUAUAAUAUAUAUAAAUAUUUAUAUAUAAUGAGAGCCGAGAGCCCCAGAUUAAAGAAUUAGCUGUAAAUGUUUUUGUGUAUAUCUGUAUAUGUCCCUGUAUAUGCUUAGAUCAAUAAUACCCUAUUUACUAACCUCACCUCUGACCCUCAGUUAACACCUUCCAAUCUCGGGCCUUUCAUUUCCUUUCAGCAUGAUUUCACUAUUCUGUAUAAAUUGAAAAUCUCUCAACUGAGUUUACUAGAAAAGCAAACUUUUAAGCAAAGUGAGAAAUACUUAAAUAAAUACUGAAGCAUAUUGAUAAGCAGA